GAGCUAAACCUCUGCUGGAGUGUCCGAGCCACUCGAGCUCCUUAUCCUAUCCAGCCUGAACCUCAGAUUCCGAGUUCAACUGCUUCUGCCAGAGCGCUGGCUUCUAACUUCAUCAAUCCGGCGACUUCACAAGUGAGAAGACCUCGCGGAAUACUCGGCAAUCAAGUCGCUUCUCCGCGUACCAUCGCAACAAGCGACUAGCAUGGGUAACGACGGCGGCUCCAUCCCAACGCGCCGCGAACUAGUCAAGUCGGCUGCGCGGGUGCCGACAGUAAGCGAACUGAAAGCAACCGCCUUCGAGAACCUUGGCCAUGCCUGGACCCACGAUCCCUUGACCUCAGAGCAGCUGGACCUUGAGAACGUCGUUUCCGACUGGCGUGGCCGGCUCUACAGUUACGAGUCGGUCCUGAAGGGCCUGAUGCCCAGCGCAGCUGAUGGCGCCAACGACGACGAGGCUACGCCAGCUCUAGUGAAUGGUGAGUCGCCGCCGGAACUGACUUUCGCGUCGACGGGCAUCAAAUCGCUGCGUGACGUGGUCAAGCUCAAGUUCAGGCGUUAUGCGUCCCCGGGGAAAGAGAAAGAGAAAUGGAUCUGGGCCUGCCCGGUCACAUUGAAGGAGAUGGGUCCCGCGACAAAAGCAGUCUAUCUCGUCCCGUGCGGCCAUGUUUUUGCCGAGGCGGCCAUCAAGGAGAUCUACAAGAAAGACGAGGUCUGCCCUGGUUGCAGCGAGCCGUUCCAGGCCGGCGACGUCAUCCCCAUCCUCCCGACCGAGAAGGCGGAUCUCGAUCGCCUGAUGGCAAGGAUCAACGACCUCAAGGCGAAGGGGCUUACUCACAGCCUCAAGAAAGGCAAGGGUAACGGCAGGAAGAAGCGCAAGGCGGAUGAGGCGAAUGGUGAUCGGGCAGCCAACUCCGACAAGCCAAAGGACCCGCCAGGGCCUUACGUUACUUCAUCUGUCUCUCUUUCAAAAGAUGGGACGUCAGCCAAGGUGCAUUCCGAGUCUGACAUCAGCAGUCGAGUGAGCGGCAUCAACAACGCCAUGACAGCAGGUAUCACAGCGAAGGUUCUUGCAGAGCAGGAGGAGCGCAAUAAACGGCGCAAGCUGGCCGCGUCCGCGAGAUGAUGGGCCGAGGGCAGUUAUGUUUGAAAGCCGGUGUCCUUUAUCCGUCGGGUGCCUCCAUUCUAAUGAUGGAUAAAGUUCUUGUACAUGGCUCAAACUCAAAACAUCGCUAUUCAGGGGAAGAAACAAACCAUAACCAGGUGCCAAGUC